AUGGCUUGUGGUAUAUCUUGUGUGGACAAGACGUUAAAUAAAACCUUCUUCUAUUUGGGUAAAUUUAUUGCCCGUCAUCCAGGCUAUUUUAUUAUUGUGCCAAUAUUACUGACGUUGCUGUGUAUUACGGGUUACCAACAAUUAAAAUAUCAAAUCGAUCCCGAAUAUCUUUUCUCACCCAUUAAUGGUGAGGGUAAGGCGGAACGGGCCGUUGUGGAACAGUAUUUUAAGGUUAACUAUACACAUCGUUUUAAUGUUGGGCGUAUUACAAGGCCAGGACGCUUUGGCCGAGUUAUUGUCAUACCAAAAGAUGGCAAUGACAAUAUGAUACGUCGAGAAAUAUUCAAAGAAUUACGACAAUUGGACAAUAUCAUACAGAAUGCCACAGUGACAUAUGACGGGGAAUCGUUUACCUAUAAGGAUGCCUGUGCCCGUUGGGAAAAUGAAUGUUUCGAAAAUGAUAUUUUGAAUUUGGAUUAUAUUAUGGAUGAUAUCGAAUCCGGUGAAUUGAAUUUAACCUUUCCCCUGAUGUUCAAUCCCGUGACAUGGGAUGCCCAUGCAUUUCCGGUAUUUUUUGGCGGUACCAAAGUCACCGAGGAUAAUUAUAUUAUAAGUGUGCCAGCCAUACAAUUGGUAUAUUUUGUGACUGCGGAUACCAAACGGCAAGAUGAAAGAGGUGCCGAAUGGGAAGAAACAUUUUUGCGUGUGGUGGGAGAGGCCGAAACCACGGGAGUAUUUAAACACAUAUCUGUAGCAUAUUUUGCCUCUCGAACCCUCGAUCAUGAAUUGGAAAAGAACACACAAACGGUUGUGCCUUAUUUUAGUUCCACAUUUAUUCUGAUGGCCUUGUUCAGUGUCAUCACUUGUAUGAUGGGAGAUGCGGUACGUUCGAAACCUUGGUUGGGACUGAUGGGUAAUAUUUCUGCUGUAAUGGCCACUUGUGCUGCUUUCGGUUUGGCCAUGUAUUUGGGUAUUGAAUUUAUUGGCAUUAAUUUGGCGGCACCAUUUUUGAUGAUUGGUAUUGGCAUUGAUGACACCUUUGUUAUGUUGGCUGCCUGGCGUAGAACUUCCCCCAAAAUGUCUGUUCCUGAACGUAUGGGUCACAUGAUGUCCGAGGCAGCUGUUUCGAUUACCAUCACCUCAUUGACAGAUUUAAUUUCAUUUUGGAUUGGCAUCAUUAGUCCCUUCCGAUCGGUUCAAAUCUUCUGUAAAUAUUCGGUGCUGGCGGUGGGUUUCACCUUUUUGUGGCAUGUUACCUUCUUUGCUGCCUGCAUGGCCAUAUCGGGUUAUAGAGAACAACAAAAUCGUCAUGCUAUAUUCGGGUGCAAGGUGCAACCUCUAUCGGUGGCCAUAAAGGAAAAACGCAACAUUUUCUACCGCGCCAUUAUGUCAGGUGGCAUCAACCGCGAAGAUCCCGACAAUCCCACCGACAACAAAGACCAUGUGUUGAUGAAAUUCUUCCGUGACAAUUUAUCGGCCAUUAUCAACAACAAUUGGUGUAAAUUUUUAAUAAUUUUGAUUUUCGGAGCCUAUUUAGCUGGGGCCUGCUAUGGCAUUACCCAAAUGAAGGAGGGUUUGGAGCGCCGUAAAUUAUCACGUUCAGAUUCUUAUUCAGUGGAAUUUUUCGAUCGUGAAGAUGAUUAUUAUCGCGAAUUUCCAUAUCGUAUGCAGGUCAUUAUAACUGGUGAUUUAAACUAUUCCGAUCCCAUGGUCCAGGAUGAUAUUGAGGAGUUAACACGCAAUUUGGAAAAUACCUCAUAUGUCACCUCCUCCUUGUACACGGAAUCAUGGAUCCGCUCCUUCCUGUCAUUUGUUGAACGUAAUAAUGACUAUUUAAAUUUGACCUUGGACACCGAACAAGACUUCAUCGACGCCGUCAAAGAACAUUGGCUGUUCCCUGGAAAUCCUUUCUCUUUGGAUGUUAAAUUCAAUGAAAAUGGCACAAAGAUUUUGGCUUCCCGCUUCCUUAUCCAAGCUGUCAACAUUACCGAUACCAAUCAUGAAAAGGAAAUGGUCCGUGAUUUGAGACAAAUUUGCAAAGACUCGCCGCUGAAUGCCACCAUCUUCCAUCCUUACUUUGUGUUCUUCGACCAGUUCGAAUUGGUGCGUCCCACCUCGAUACAAUCGAUGAUAAUUGGUGCCAUUAUUAUGAUGAUCAUCUCAUUUGUGUUUAUACCGAAUAUUUUGUGCUCCCUGUGGGUGGCAUUCUCUGUGAUAUCCAUUGAAAUGGGUGUGGCCGGUUAUAUGGCCUUGUGGGAUGUCAAUUUGGAUUCCAUUUCCAUGAUUAACCUGAUCAUGUGCAUCGGCUUCUCGGUCGACUUUACCGCCCACAUUUGCUAUACGUAUAUGUCAUCGAAAAAGAAGAGUCCAAAGGCUAGAGUACGUGAAGCCUUCCAUUCGCUGGGCUUGCCAAUUAUUCAAGGCUCCAGUUCCACGAUUUUGGGUAUUGUCGCCCUGUUGCUGGCCCAAAGUUAUAUUUUCUUGGUAUUCUUCAAAAUGGUGUUCUUGGUGAUAUUCUUUGGUGCCAUGCAUGGCCUGUUCUUGUUGCCCGUGUUGUUGUCUCUCUUCGGCCCUGGCUCUUGGCAAACAUGGACCGGACGUGAUAAGGGCUGUGAUGAUGAAAUCGAUGAAAUUGAGGGAAAAAUUAAAUUGGCCAAAAUGGAUAAGAACUUUGCGAAUGCCUUCUAUCUGCCCUAUGCCUCAAAUGUGGCUGGUGUGAAUGGUUUUACCUCGAAAGGAUUUUUGGGUGCUCCCUAUAAGGCAUAUGGCGAUGAAAAAGAUUUGGGUAUUGGCACAUCGGGAGAAGAUUCCUCUGAAAGCAGUUCCUCACGUUCGCAAAGACGUCAAGCCUUGGAAGAUGAGACAACACAGAGACGAUAUGAAGAAGGUUGGCGAAAAUCCUCCUAUCACGAUCUCUUUGCCAAUAAUAGUUCCGCACAAUUUGCGGCCCACCCUGCCUUGUACAAUCAAAAGGUAACAGCCCAUGAAUGGCGUACCCGCUUGGAGGAACAUCAAGAACGUAAACGUCAAAAUAGCGGAGAACGUUUUGCCUAUGAUAAUUAUGGUGCCGAUUUGCAGAGGCGUCAUGGUGAGUUCAUUGAUGAUGAAGAUGUUGAGCCAAGGCGCCAGUUUACACCCACCUCAUCGUUGGAUGAACGUUCGAGGCGUAAGUAUCGUUCAGCUUUGCCACGUGUUAGUACGGGAGGUGGUGUAGUGGGCAGUGCGGCAGCUGCUGGUAGUGGUGAUGAGGAUAAUUAUCGCCAACAAUCACACUUAGAUGCAUCACACCUUGCCUCCGCCAAACGUUAUCAACGAAGACGUUCCUCCGAUGAAUCGACCCGCCACUUCCAACGUUGGCCUACGUCCAAUAUCGAGGAGAGAUUUAUGCGCCGCCAUUCUCCAAAUCGUAAUACGCACAGCCAUGAAGAUGGUGAUUAUCCCGCCAAUUAUCGUCCUGAACCACCCAGGCGUUCAUCGUCACAUCAUAAUCUCUAUUAUCCCAAUCAAAGUAAAUCGUCAUCACAGCAGCAGCCACCUAAAUAUCAAUUUGGUUAUAAUCAUUGA